GAAAAUGAAGAAGGAAGUAGAAGAGGUGGAGGGCCACGGUUAUGGCGCCGCCACUCCCAUGACGCCGCCGCCGUCGUCGCUCGGUCUUCCUUCCCCCUCGGUCUCGACAUUGACCUCCGCCGCUGCCGCUAGGGUUUUGGCGCGGCCAAUGCCCGCCUCGGUCCCAAGCUUGCGGGCGCCUUCCCCCUUCGUGCGGGCCAUGCGCACCCGCGUUGAUCCGCCGCCGCCACAGCCGCUCACGGCCCCUCCUCUUCUUCGUCCUCGUCCGGUGCUACCGCCGCCGCCGAUACCAGAGAAGCAGCGGCGGGGGCGCCCGCGCAACUGCGACCGACUCCUCCCGCCGCCGCCGGGCUUCCACCUUGCUCCGUCCGCACGGGCACCGCUGCCUGCCCGCGGCCAACCUUCAUCUAGGGGGCAUCCCUUUCGCGGUCAAUUCGGUGGGCUCCAGUUGCACGUGCUCAAAAUACAUGUGGGAGAGGAUAUCGUAUCAAAGAUUGUGCAGGUCUCGAAAAUAACUGGGAAGGCUGUCUGUGUUCUCUCAGUGUUUGGGGCCGUUCAGGAUUGCUAUCUGCUCCACUCUGCUGUCAUCUUAAAUCACAAGGGUCCUUUAGAAAUCAUUCAUGUGUUUGGAUCCAUUUUGACAUCUGAUAGUCCUGGAUUUGGGUGCUUAUCUGCGACUCUUGCUUGUGGUGAUUGUUCUCUUGUCGGUGGCAUUGCAGUUGGACCUCUCAUAGCUGCAACACCGGUGCAGGCAAUUGUUGGGAGCUUCCACAAUGAUGCUUUCCAGGCAAACAAGAAACCUAAGCUCGUUGCAUGUUACCCCAGUUCUCAUGUUACCGCUGGCACUGGGGGCAUGUGUUGCGUCAAUUCUAAGAUUACCAUUGGCAGUUUGAGAAAACAUGAUACCAGUUCUUGGUUUCCCAUUGGCAAUGGAAGCACAACUCAUUCCAAUUCUCAAGUUACUGUUGAUGAUGGAAGCACAAAUCACCCCAAUUCUCAGGUUACUGUUGGCAGUGGAAACACACAUCAUCCUAAUUCACAGGUGACCAUUGACAGUAGGAGCAUGUGUUGCCUCAGUUUUGAGGCUGGCAUUGGUAGUUGGAGUAAAGAUGAUCCAAGUUCUUGGUUUCCCAUUGGCACUGGGAGUACAGAUCACUCCAAUUUUCAAGUUACUGUUGGCACUGGGAGCACACAAUACCCCAGCUCCCAGGUUCCCACUGGCAUUGGGAGUGCAUAUCAAUCUGAUUUUCAUGUCACAUUGGGUGACAGAAGCGCAAGUAUCCCCGAUUCUCAGGCUACUGUUCACUAUGGGAUUAAACAUCAACCCAAUUCCUGUGUCAGUGUUGGCAACGGGAGCACAGGUAGCGUCAAUUCUCAGGAUAUUGUUGGACACGGAAGCACAUAUAACCCUGAAUCUCUGCCUGCCAUUGGCGACGGGAGCAUGCAUAACACCAAUUUUGAGGUCGUGGUAGGAGUUGGGAGCACAGACAAGGGCAAUUCACAGGACACCCUUGUUGAUGGGAACCUGAAUCGCCCCAGUUCUAUGGUUUCUGUUGACAACGGAAGCUCCUGUUACCCCAAUUGUAAGGAUGCUGUUGGCGAUACGUGUGCUCCAUCCUCUGAAGGCUCUAAUCCAGAAUAUGCAUCCUGCACUGUAGUAGUGGAACAGAGUAGAUUGAGCAGAGACAGAUGUGAAUCUCUCGCAAGUGAUGGCUUCUUAACGUAGCAACACUUUAGGUGAUUGUUUAUGUUUUUUCUCUGAAGACAGUAGCCAAGUACAUGUCCUUGGACAGCGAGGGUGACUCCAGCAGUUCAUCCAAAGUUUAUCCAUAAGCACUGUUAUGCACUGAAGACUGCACUGUUCGCAGAGUGGAGUUUGAAUAUAGCUAUGUGUAUGGGUAAGCUGUUGGAGAUAGUGUUAUGCUUUUGUGGAUGACCGCCAAAGUAUCCUUUUGGGAUGGUAGGAAGUUUUGAAGUCCAGCAGUAGUUGCGUUCUUUGCAGGGACAUGGCAGUGUUGAGAAUUGUGGUGCAGUCUGUUGUAGCUUUAGUUGCUAACAGUGUUGGAUUUGUGCUGAGGUCUGUCAGAUGAGAAAUCCUAACAUAGCAGAAGGGUUCGUUGAGCUUUCAAUAUAUAUGAUACUGAUGAGAUUUUAUGAGGCAAGUUGUCGGGUA